AUGAACACCUCCUGUAGGGUUUCCUUCCUUGAUCCAGACACUCGAGAGGUGCUGGAAGCACGUAUUAUAAGGUUUUGGGUAAAGCACAGGUGGGCCCUCCCCCUCAAGGUCCUCAAGCCCAUAAAUCUCUUUAAGUUGAAAAAGUUCCAACCCUCCACCGUUCUGCAGUUUGCCUCUUCCCCUUCAGCCACCUGUGUAUCUGGGUCCCACUCAACAGUCAAGUUUGCUGAGUUGCUGGAGAAACCUCCUCAGGCUCAUUCAGGAGAGAAGGUGAUAACAGAAGAGUCAGUUCCUACCCUGAAGAGGCCUCUCCUUGUCCCCUCAACUGUGUGUAAGGAAAUCCAGAGUGCCCUGGGAGCGAUUCCAUCUGGUGACUACCAUGGGCCCUCAAAGGCUUCUCUGACUGGACAGGAGGGCAGGCCACCUUCUCAGUCCCUCACACUCAGCCUUAUGGGCAGAACCCGGAAGAGUGAGACUGUGGGAUGGGUCAAGAGGGACAGCCGAGAACCAGGUCCAAGUUCAGCAAUGGUCAGGAAUGAGCCAAGAGAGGAGAGUGGUGGUCAGGCCUCAGGAGACCCCUGCCAUAGGGUAACAGUGAUGGAGGUGAACUUAGGAUCCCAAUCUUUGAGAGGUGAAGAGGCCAGGGAGGCUGUGGAGGCCAAGGAGUCUCCUGCUCUUCAACCACAGUCUAGUGUUAUCUUGGAAACCAAAGUGUUGACAAAAUCCCAAACCACAAAUGUACAUAUGAGGAGUUUAGAGGUGCCAGGGGCCAGGAAAAGUUUCCUACUACCUAGAAUGUCUGUUUUCCAACAUCCAGGUGAGCCAUGCCUUAACAUGGAGGUUGCUAGUGAGUUUAACUCCAAAGUAAAGGUACAGUCAGACAACCAGCUUCAGGACUUUCCCAAACACAGGUUCCUUGCUGCAGACAACUUGGCUUCUCAGGUGCCUCAGUGCCAUCCCCAGAGAGUCCCCACCAGAGACAGGUUAGCUUCCCAGGAGCCAAGUGGCCUUAUGGAAGCCCAAAGGAGCAACCUAGGGCAGCAGGAGCCCAAAACUUCAAAACUCCAAGACUCAUGGAAGAGCCAGAGCAAGAUGAUUGCCCCUACUUACAAAAGAGAGGACUGUAGGAGGCAUAAACCAGGAGAGCAUGAAGAAAGGUUUAAAGAAUUAGGGACCUCUCAAGCUGGAAGUAUGAGCCGCCCUGCCCAGGUCAGGAAAAAAAAGCCCAUAUCAGCCACUGCCCAGAGUCACGGAUCAGUCAAAAGCAGAUCAACCUUGAAGAGUGAGACUGCUGAGGGUCAGGCACUCAUGCCCGCUGUUGGACAGAUCCCAGAAGAAGAAAGAGCGAUUCACCAUGGACUUCACGCCACAAAGUUAAAUGGACACAAACUGGAGUUCCAAGUCCCAGUAUGUGGGCGUUUCUGCUGCCAUAGGCUUACCUCCUACCCAGAGCAAGGGAGAAUGAUGGGUUAUACAGCCUGCAGUCAUAAAGCCACCCCCAAGGGCCAGAGUUGUUCUAUCAGAGAAAGGGAAGUCAGACACCAACAUAGUUUGAAAAGUGUAAGGUUCGACGAUGAGCAGCUGGGCCUAAGGUGCCUCCCAUCCUUGCCCCCCAAGAAGAGUUUGUUUCCAGUUAGUACCUGCCAGUAUGGGCCAAGGAUUCCAGGUGCCCCAGCCCACCAUCAGCACUGUCCAAGGCAUUGUCAUCUUUGGGGA